AUGCUUCCAGAGACGCUAUUAUGCCUUGUUAAUGCUGCCCUCAUCCAAGCGGCCACCGCUUCGCUCUCAUUGAAUGCAAUCCUUUCCCUCAACACCCAAGAUAUUCCCUCUCCUCCAUCUUUUUCCCUGCCAGCUGCGCAGAAUUUAACGAUUACAGUUGCUUACUGCUCCUCAGAAACUGUCUCAACGCGUUUCUUUGUUACCAACAGCACCACAGUGGAUGAUCCUGGGCCCGAUGGAGGGACAAAUGUAUAUGAGAUUAUAGUAAAUCAAGGGCUGGGCACCUUUUCGGCUUCUUUCCUGGACGGAGGAGUUUUGGCUAUAGAUGGAACCCUUUCAGACGAUUUCUCAUUUGAGAUUGCUGCUUCAGAUAGUGGGCCAAUGCACGAGGUACUGGCUACUUUUCCGUUAUUAGGCGACACGACAUCCAACCAAGCGUUGCUCUUUUCACCUCCAUUUGACCCGCCUAUAUUCAUAGACCCUUCUUAUCCAAAUUACACACUUCCUGGCCCAUCGUUAGCAUCCCCUUCACCACCUGAUUCGUCUCCAAACUUCACUCUGCUAAUAGCGCCUACAUCAUCUCAAACUUUGACCAGCUUACCACAAACUGCUUGCAUGAUGGCUUCACAAUCAUCCUCUGGGAAUAUCGCCAAUGAAAGUCUGUGGCUGAGAGAUGAGGAUGGCUGGCGGACACAGUGGUUAAUGGCAGGUCUUUCGCCACAGACCAAUUAUACUGCGUAUGUCAUUCAGGAUAGCCAAAAGCUCAGUGGUCCGAUGUAUUUUGUGACCAAGUCCGCUGUAUUCGCUUGUCCCUUGGCCGCUUUCCUUCCCUAUUGCCCCGGUGUAACAUAUGCCAUUCCACUUCCUCCUCCGGACAACUCUGAAUUAUCCAUAUACGACUCCACCAACCUUCCAUCAACGAUAUCCGACACACUCACCACAUACUUUACCAACUUUACCACAACGCUUACUACGCAAGCAUGUGGGAGAGAUUAUUAUUCACCACUGCAAACCUGCGCAGACUGUCAGCGAGCGUACUUUCGCUGGCUUUGUUCUGUCAGCUUUCCUAGAUGCGGCGAGCAAAGUCCUUCUACAACUACAGCCACAAGCUCCUCGUCUGUAGGAACCUCUUCAGCAGGUCUACCCUCUCCUACCUCUGCCCUGCAAGCACAAACCACAUCUUCCGUCCCGCGAAAUCCUACGUUUUCUUCGUUGAACAUGUCAUAUUCCGUGCUGAUGCCAUGCAUCGAAACAUGCCAAGCAGCUGAUAGAGCAUGUCCUAAUUUUCUGGGGUUCGCGUGUCCGUUGGCAAGGUUUAAUGCGAAUCAGAGCUAUGGGGUGGGGUAUAUCGACGGUGCUGAGCCAAAUCAACAGGGAUUGGGUAUACCGGGGCAAGCGCAAGAUCAGUGGGGGAAUGUUUGGUGUAAUUUCGUGUAG